CUUUCCUCCUUUCCUCCUUUCCUCCUUUCCUCCUUUCCUCCUUUCCUCCUUUCCACUCUCUUCCUUUCCACUCUCUUCCUUCGCUAAGUGAACGCUAGAAUCGCAGUUUCGGGGGCUUGUUUGUAUGCUAGUGCUACUGUCUGGAGGUUUGCAACACACUCUUGUGGGAACCUGGAGUCUUGCUAUCGCGGAGUUAGCGGUAGAUGUGCCGGGGCACUCUAGCAAUCUUUUAAAUAGAUUUCUAAUGUUAUCUAAUGCUAUCUAAGUCGUUGAUCCUCGGGUUAAAGGAAGUUAGGACGCUGUAUUAACGCGGGAUACGUUCUUAUUUUCAGCAAGUAUGUUGCUCUUGGGGUGGGUUAUAUUGACAAUACUUUGCAGAUUAUGCCUAACGGUUAUAACGAUGUCGGCGUUAUCCUCUAGUUCUUUUGCUCCUUAUCUUGGGCUCGUCUUAGUUAAUAAUAUCUCGGUAAGCUUUCGUAGCUUAAUAAUCUUCUCCUCGCAGAGUUGAAGGCUUUUAUGCCUCUCGAAGAGACC